GCGUCCCCGUCCCCCAAGUUGAAUCUCUGGGUCAACUCAGCCGACUCUCACAUGUCUGCCCCUAUAGACUGAUGUUCACGGUAAACGCAUUCGAUCAGGAGCGCGCGAGGGUUUUGAUAAAGUUAGCGGAAGGAUUUAAGUGACAACAUCCGGUUUUGCAAAGUUAGCGGAAAGAACCACGUGAAACAACAUCCGUUUUUCAAAAUAAGAUGUCGACAAAUCAUACACGAACAUAUAAAAGUAAACAAUGAACUGAUUUUGUAUCUUUAUAGAUCGUUUCUGAGAUUUAGCUGUAAAAGUCCUAAAUGUUUAAAGAAAUCGGUAAUUUAUUUAAUGUUUGAGUUGCUUUAUAUAUGUAUUUCCUCAUAGUCCUCAUAGCAAUAAUGCUACACAAUAAAUAGAAUGCUUCAAUCAACACGGUGAUCGGUAUUAUCGGAUCGGCAGAUACUGAUUUCAGUGAUAGGUGAUCGGCACCAAAAACCUGAUCGGUGCAGCUCUAGAAACCAAUAAAUGUUUUGAUUGGCCACAUCGAAGUGCAACAUGCACAUGCUCAAGGUAUGUUUUCUCUUAAAAUAUGUUUAAACUCAAUACAGUAACUUCUGAAGAGUUCUCUGUUGUGAAUUUUUUGCAGUUCAUGAAGGCAAACAGACAUAAGAUUGUAUAUUGUCAAAUUAUUUAUCAGUAAUACAGUAAAAAUGAUGGGGAAACUUUGCAAGUCGAUUUAUAGUGUGCGCCCCUAAAUUUUCAGUUUGCGCACCUAAAAUUGUAAGUUAGGGGCCACUGUGCUCCUAGUAAAAAAAGUUAGUCUGGAGCCCUGACUUGAGUGAAAUCGGCCCACGAGCAGUAAUGUGGACCUUGUAGUUCUGGGGCUCGUGGUCUUGGCUCACUGUUUGUGGAUCCAUCGGUGCUUCACAGCGAAUCUAUCAUGGAACUUGAUUUUCCACGAGACCAGAAGCUGCUUAUGACUCCAGAAGGAAAGUUCAGUGAGGGUUACACUGAAACUAUUCCAGACUUGUCUGAAGUCUUUUCUACACACCGGUCAUAUGAUACAGCUGCCCUUUCAUUUGGAUCUUUUGACCGGAGUUAAUCGACCAUGUCAAAUGUUUCAUCCAGUACAUUUCAGUGUGGUUCUCUUUGUGUAGGAAAAUAUGUGCUUCUUCACUUCAGUCCUUUUAUUUAAAUCAAUUAAAUAUCUACACCCUUUUAAUCUGUGGAUCAAAAGUACAGCUACAUGCUGGUCGUGCUGCGAGUGAGUCUACAGACAAACUUUCUGUGAGAGAAACCGAGGAAUUUAAAAUGCUUUCUGUUUUGUCGGCAAGAUGAAACGGCUUUUACACGACACACGUUUGCCCACAAUGCCAUCAACUGGACACAUCUGAAUAUGGAUGGCUAGCAUAAUAUUGUCAAAGUGUCAGAGAUAUUAUAUCUUUCUCACUCCAGUAUUGACUGUCAGUGAAACGCGAUAUCAGAGUAAUGAAGGGACCUGAGCCCAUUUCUUUUGAUACUUUUAACAUGAAUGUUACAAUGCAUGUUUGACUGUGUGUGCAUAUUCAAUUCAAUGAAAGCUAAACCUACAUGCCAUCACUGACUCUUCACUGCACGGCCCUUUAGAUUACAUACGUCUCUCUACAUCAGAAAACUAGCAAAUAUGGAUAUGUUUUAGCUUCUUUUUUUACAUUUCUGUUUUCAGUUCAAACCGCCUGUGACGACUGAGUUUAUGUCGAGACGAUGGCUAGAAGACGACUGUCAACCAAUGUCAUUUGCAUACUGUUAACGCAACCUGUUGGACUCGUAAAACGACAAAUUUAAGAUUAGACAUAACCAGACGGAGGGAAUCCGUAUAGCCAAUGUGCUUCAAAGGGAACUUGAUUGACAUCUCCCUCCCUCCCUCUCUUGUUCUGUUUAAUUCCUUCCUGACUGGCAGGAAAUAAAGUGUCUAUGCCUCCUCCACACAGGUCGAGAGCUCAUGUAAAUGCAGUCCCUAGCAUGACGUGCGGGCUGCCUGCACUUGUGUGGGCUACACUCGGCUUCUUUGAUCUUCACACUGUCAGCCUGAUGUUUUCCGCUGGUUAUUCACGAGAUAAGAUCCAUGUUUUGGGACUCUAUUUUGCAGGUUUAAGGAGGAAGGAGGGAAAGCACAUUCUGUGUGACCGCAGUGACGCCUACUUUCACAUUCCUGUUCACCCCGAACCCAGAGAGUUCCUUCAUUUUGCCUUUUGAGUUCAAGCUCAUGAGUUUGCCACCCUAUUGUUUGGCUUGUCUUGCUCCUUGCCAAAGAUGCAUGAGGCGAUCCUUAACAUUGCUCGGUCUGAGGGGAAUAAACAUUCACCCUCAACUCAACGAUUGCUUAAAAUAAGCGCUCACGAUGUCUGAUGGGGACUAUGAUUACCUCAUCAAGUUCCUAGCCCUCGGUGAUUCUGGCGUGGGGAAAACCAGCUUUCUCUACCAAUACACAGACAGCAAGUUUAACCACAAGUUCAUCACGACAGUUGGAAUAGACUUUCGAGAAAAAAGAGUGGAAUACAAAUCAACCAAUCCAGAUGGGUCUCCAGGUCGAGCACAGAAGAUCCACAUGCAGCUGUGGGACACUGCAGGGCAGGAGAGGUUUCGGAGUUUGACGACCGCGUUCUUCAGAGACGCGAUGGGCUUCCUCCUCCUGUUUGACCUCACAAAUGAACAAAGUUUCAUCAACGUCAGAAACUGGAUGAGUCAGUUACAGAUUCACGCAUACUGCGAAAGUCCAGAUGUUGUUCUAUGUGGCAACAAAUGUGACCUGACGGAUCAGAGAGCAGUCAGUGAAGAAGAAGCCCGUGAGCUGGCAGAAACGUACGGGAUCCCAUACUUUGAGACGAGUGCCGCAAACGGGCAGGAAGUCAACGAGGCUGUGGACGUCCUGCUGGAUCUCAUCAUGAAGAGGAUGGAACGGUGUGUUGACAAGUCCUGGAUCCCCGAUGGGACCGUCCGAGUUAAUGGAUCCACCAACACAGACGUCGCAGAGGGAUCUGAGAAGAGCAAAUGUGCAUGUUAGCGUGAACAAUGGUUACAUGCAUGUGUCGAUAAUACUGAAGAAAAAAAAUAGGAAGACAUCCAGGUUUAACGGUGGGAGUAUAUAUGGUAUAAUUUUAUUAUUUGAGAGGUGAAACUUUACAUUAUUUGUGUCCAUUGGCCCACAAAGCACUGCACUGAUAUGCAUCCAUCGACAUGGUGUAUUGUUUGUCAGUACAGAUAUAGUGCCUUUUGAAUGUGGGCAUUUCAUUUGAAUUCAUAUCAUGGGUCUUUUGAAUAAUUUAUUCAUAGUAUGGGUUUAUUUUUUCUUAUGCCUAGCUGAAAUGUACAGUCACUUAAAUGUUGACUGUGAUACCUGCAGUCAUAGUUUAUUGGGUGUGUAAAAUCUGCUACAUAUGUACUUUAAGUAAACUUAAGUUAUAAGUGACUGAUUGUUCUGCUGAAUUCUGCAAUCUCACUGGUGCCAUAGUCAGAAAACAUGUUGCGUGUUGUUUUUCUCAAAUGUAAAUUAUAGAAUAAAUAGCUAAGACAUCUACCCUUCAAUAUAAGACAAUCAAUACAAAACUUGAUGUUCAGUAGUUCAAUGAAAGAAAAGGUUAGCAGUAAUUCAAUUAAUUAAUCCUGUUGUAUGAAGGACCCAUGCAAAAAACAUUGGAGUUCUCCCAAUAUAUUUGAAAGAAAAAAGAUGUAAAUGAUAAAUCUUAACGUAGUAAGGCUGACCUUCAGUCCCUUGUAUUGCUAAAUUUAUAUCAUUGUUGACCUUUGACGAUGCCUUUCGUUGUAAAUUCUACAUUUUAAAGUAUACAGGCUCCACAACAUUUUGAUAUUAGUUCUAUACUGAAACGAUGAGCAUCUUUGCUGAAAUCAUAUAAUAAUGUAUUCACUUUUAUCAAAUUAAACUUUAAACUGCAGGGAAAAUAAGCAGAGGUGCUAUUUCACAGGCAAUGCCAUGUUUUUAUUGAGUGGAUAUUGUUUAGGCUGUCAGCGAAUACAAUAUUUCUAAUAGAAACACUAUAUUCAAGUGCUAGAAGCAGUGAAAAGAGCUGUACGGUAUUAAAGGACAGCUCCAUUGCUAAAUGAUCUAAGAGGUGACAUGCAGUUCAGUUAUCUUUUAUAGUGUGCAUUUAAAAUCUUAAAGCUCACGCUUUUAGAUCAGUUUAUAAUUCCACUUAUAUUUUAUAAAUACUUUCACUCACAUAUAGACUUUAUUUGUAUUGUACUGUCAUUCUUUGCUGUAUAAAAGGGUGACAUAUUGUUUUAGUUAAGACGCAAGUAUAUUUUUUCACUCAGUUUCAAUCCACAGAUAUGAAAAAUGACCACUCAAAUUUUAUUUGAUAUUAGUAAGAAUACACUGGAAUUUGUAAUGUUUUUAAUUGUGCCAUAACGUUUUCAUAUGCAAAAUAUGUAAAUGGUCCAAAAAUAAACAAUUUAUUUAUGCA